GCUGUCGGUACGCGAAGACGCUGCUGCUCCUGGCUGCUAUUUGGUGUGGUGAAAACUAAACCGAACAAAAAAAAGAACUAGUCGGCCCUCAAUAACGCGAUUUCAGGAUGGAUAUUGUGCGGGAAAAAGUGCGCACCGACAAACUGAAGAAAAGCCAGACGUGUCGGUUUUGCCUGGCUCAGAAUGUGCCGCUCACUUCCAUAUACGCGGCACAGGAUCAAAAUAUAUCAACUCCUCUUCCGCUGCAGAUAAUGUCCUGCGUGGGUAUAGAGGUAUACCGAGAGGAUGGAAUGCCCGGAUUAAUAUGUGCUGAUUGCCGCCUGCUCAUGAACUACAGCUAUCAAUUUAAGCAGAUGUGCAACGACGCAAACUCGCAGCUCAAAGCGUAUCUUUCGACUGGAGUUUGGCCGAACCAGCUAUCCCUGCCGAAGGGGCUAGCGAAUUUACUGUCAAAUUUAAAGCAACCGCCAACGAAAACCGACGAUAAACCAAAAGCCACCAACAUUAUCAAGCUAAGCCCGGCGGAUUUGAAAAACUUUAAGCAGGGGCAAAAGUUAAACAAUGCCAACCGUACGGCAGGUGGCGAGGAAGCGAACACGUCCACCGCCGUACCUCUCAUGACCUCAACGCCGAUCGUGAAGCGGCAGGGAUCGGAUUUGGCACGCAGCAGCAGCACCACCGCCACCACCACCACCACCAACACCACUACUACUACUGCCACUGCCGAGUCCAACAAACCACUCCAACUGGGACAGCAGCUAAUCAAAGUGAAGAAAGAGGUAACACAGCCGGAACAGGGCGGUGCAUCGAACGAGCCGGUCAUACUGAACAAUCUGGUCCAGUCGACGGUGCCGAAGGUUGCGGAAGAAUUCGUCUCUACCGGUGAUGGAACGGUAGAGAUGGUGGUGACCUACGCGCCGGAACCGUCAACCAAAGCGGACGGUGGCGGUACCGUGUUCCCCUGCAGCGAGUGUCCGCGAACGUAUCCGCUCAAGCAGCUGCUCGACAUCCACCAGCUGUCGCACAAGCGGGAGCGCAAGCAUCAGUGCGACCAGUGCGACAAGCGGUUCUUCUCCAAGUACGAUCUGGCCAAACACAUCGCCACACACACUGGCGAGCGGCCGUACGUGUGCGUCAUCUGUCGGGCGUCCUUCUCGCGCUCCUCGCUGCUAGUGCGCCAUCAGGCCAAGCACCAGGACGAACCGAAGCACUUGUGCAAGCUGUGCGAGCGCUCCUUCCUAACCGUGGAAGAUCUGCAAAAGCACAUCGAAAACCACGAAAAGAGUCGCCCGUACCAUUGCGCCCACUGCCCGAAAAGCUUCGCCUACAAGCAGGGCCUCGAGCGGCACGAGAUAGUGCACCUGGGGAAGCUGCCGUUCCAGUGCGAGUACUGCGAGCAGAGCUUCCUUACCGCGGGCAAACUUUCGCGCCAUCUGGCAACGCACGCGGGCGAUCGGCCGUACCCGUGCCGGCUGUGCAACAAAUCGUUCCUGCUGAGCCAUCAUCUGUCGCGGCACCUGCGCCGCCACAAUGCGACGGGCCAGAGCGAGUACAAGUGUUCGGACUGUGGCGAGCUGUUCAACAGUCUCGGCGAUCUGGUGUACCAUUCGGCGAAGCACGCGAUGGAGAGCCUGACGUGUCCGCUGUGUCUGGAACCGUUCGACAGUGUGGAAGCGGUUACCGAGCACAUUCGGUCACACGCGGACCAGCAACAGUACGCGUGCGACUAUUGCGAUCUGAUGUACACGAGCGAGCAGAAGCUGGCCGAUCACUGCCUGCAGCACCAUGCGAACGAGCUGGCGUACGAGCUGCCGGAUGAAAAGAGCGGGCCAGCGAAGGACAGUGAGCAGCGGCAGGACGCGAAUGGGGCCGAGCAGAACAAUUUCGUGAUGGAUUACCGGAAUGUGGAGGAGGAGGAGAUUUUCCACGAAGGCCUGUUUCUGGAUGAAGAUGAAUCGACCCUGGUUCCGGACCCCCUUAGUGGUUUCGAUGAGUUUGAUGUCACGGAAAUUGAGGUGCGACCACAAAGCCCGCCCGAAAAAUCCGCAAAAUCGGUUGGCAGACCACCAAAGGCCACUUCCGCAACGGGCACCAAAACAGCCGUGAUGAAAGGCGUAACCAAAGUACAACCCACCACCACCAACACCACCACCGAUACGAAAAACUCAUCGACAGAAGAGAAAAAAGCACCCACGACUGCCGUACAGCAGCCCCAGGAGGACGGAAAAGCCUCACGCCAGCAGCGCAUGGAGGAGUUCUUCAAGCGUAACCAGGAGGCGGUGGAAAAGCGGAUGGCCAACCAGAAGCUUUCUGAUGUGCUGAAAAGCCUACCCAAAGGGGUAACGGUCAAGAUGGAAACGGUGGAUAAACAACCUGCUCAACCUGAGAGCGUUAAAACUACGGCUACGGACCAGCCAGCGGCGGAAGCACCCGCAGUACCACAAAAGCGAGGCCCCGGAAGACCGCCGAAGGUGCGACCGGUUGAGGCAAAGGAACAGGAAGCUUCCAAAACGGCUGCUCCCUCCACCAAACGUUCGGUUCUACCGGCAAAGGCGGAGCAAAAACCCGCUGCAGAUGGUAAGCGCGAGCUGAAGCGCAGUGCCACUGCCAUAGGAAUCUCCAGAGAGCGCACGAAACCGGUAGUGGUUGGGCAGGAAAAUUCCAAAACUGCAACCAAGCCACCACCGCCGGCGCCAUCGAAAUCGUCCGAUUCACAAUCGUGGAUGAUUAAACGCACGUACGCUGCGAAGUCGUCAGCACCAAGCGAGGCUGCUGCUGUGGGUAAAAAGCGUCCGGCGGAGGAAAACGAUAACGAAGAGGCAGAAGAGCCAGCACCCAGCAAACGGCCAGCACUGGGCCGUAAAACGUUGAACCCCUCGAUGAUUCGACAGAUGAGCAAGAAAGAGCCAGCGACCGGUAACGGUAAGCAGCCCGUUCGUGCGAGCACCGUACUGAACUCGUUGCCAUCGGCGACAACCGUCUCCGCAACCACCACUACCAACAAUAUUGUGAAUGUGAAAAAUCUUCCAAAACCAACGGAAGCCAUGAAAAGGGUACCGGUGGAGAUGAACAUCGGUGGCAGGACGAUCAAGCUGCACAAGAUCACCAGGGAGGAAGCGAUUGCGCGGGCAAACCAGCUGAAGGCUAAGCAGUAAUCGAGGCUGACAUGAGUUUGAGUUUGCCGCUUUUGCUAUUUGAACUGUUCAAGCUUUUCGAAUUUUAUUCAUUUUACAGACCAGUGUUUUCGAACUCUGGGUAUUUUUGUUAAUUUUUAGAACCGUACAGUAUGAAAGAGGUACAAAGAGAAAUGUAGAGAAAGAGGUGGUGAUUUGUGUGUUUGCCGUUUAUCAUUCUUUUAUGUAGGAUAAAAGAUUAGACUUAGCAGAGUGAGUUCAAAUUACUAAUUAAUCUGUUUAAGGGACAGGGGAAAUUAUUAGGCACAAAUGAGUUAACCGAACCGUCAGAAUUGUUUACCUAUACCUCGUCUCUAACGUCUACCAUUGUUUUCUCUCUCUUGUUUUCGUCAUAUUUUGUUUGAAAUCAUGACAAUUAUACGGUAAUGCUGUUUCUUGUAUUCUGAUUCUUUUUUCCACUCCCAACUCUUCUUCAACUAUUCCCAGGGUUUAUAUGUGGGGAAUAAUAUGUGUGCUUUUAUAGAUGAAUAAAUUUUACACGCAUCCAUUCACGCGAAUUAUGAGUA